AUGAAGAAAUUUUUAAACAAGGCUAUUCGUUCGGUCAUCCAAUCCUUUGAUGGACAACUCAACUCUCUUUCAACCGAUGAAUCAACGAUCGAAUACGUGGUAGACUUACUAUCGGAUCUCAAGAUCUCGAGCGAAGAAAAACAAGAAACAAUCCAAGGUAUUUUAGAGCUUCAUUUAGAUCCCUCUUCAACCCUUCAAGUCGAUGAGUCUACCGGUACUACUAGUCACCCCUCUACUAAAACCGAUGAGAAUAGAGCCGCACCAAAAACGAUUGAAGAGGCGGUGAAGGAGUUGAUAGACGAAGCCGAUACGUAUCUAUCCAAGGGGGCAGAAGAAGAAGACUCGGAAGCGGAAACAGCAUCGAGUUCGAGUUCGAGGAGCAACUCGAGAGGGAGCUCGAUAUCGUCCACUAGAAUCAGGAAGAACGCAGAAGAAGAGAGACUCAAGGAGAUCGAACGCAAGAAGGCGAUUGUCAACAACUAUGGGAAAGUCGAGGUCGAUCAUCAACCUAGCAGCUUACUUCAGAAAGAUAACUCAGCGCAAAAGGGGAAAGCUUCCGAUCCCGACGAACCCGAUGAAGUCCCAGUAGAUCUAUUAGAUCAAGAGUUGAAACUCUUGGAUAUGAAAAAACGGCAACGGAAAAAAGUCGAAUCCAAGAAAUAUACAAAUACAGAUGAGUUAUUAUUAAGACCAAAUUUGAAUACCAAAAUUGUUGAACAUGAAGAGAAGUUGAAGAAACAAGAAUUAAGUAACAAGAAUCGCAUGAAGAUGGAAAAAGAUAAAGCCGAUCUAAAUAAACAAAAGGCAGAUCAAUUGAAAAAGAAAAUGGAAGCAAGAUCGAAAGCCAAAAAAUUAGAAAGACGUGCCUAACUAAAAACAAUUCAUUGAUUGUCUAAUUUCUACAUUUAAUCUGUGGCAUCCUUCUUUUUUCUGUAUCACCAACCCUGAUUGUUUUGCUAAUUGGUUGAUUUGAUGACUGAUUUUACUACCUCCCUCCCUUCUUUUUUUGUGGUACACAAUUAUCUCUGGUUGAAAUUUAUAAUUUCUUUCCACUGUUCUCUUUUUGAUUUUUUUUUUUUCAUUCUUAUUUGGAUAGGAGACUCAGCAACAAGUUUCACCACAAAUCCUUACAA